AUGAACAGGACGAGGAGCAUUUCUCGUGACGAGAAAGGCAGGAGGCUUAUCCAGGCGGCUCAGGGCGGUGAAACGGAAGAGCUGAGGGCUCUGCUAGCAGUGGGGGCAGACGUGGGGUCGAUGGACGACGACAGGAGGACCGCUCUGCAAUGGGCAGCGUGGGAGGGACACGAGGAAGCGGUGACGUAUCUACUGGAGAUUGGAGCAGAGGUGAAUGCCCGGAACAUCAGGCACAACACGCCUCUGCACUCAGCCGCAAGUGCUGGCCAUGCGGCUGUGGUGAGGCUGCUUAUGAGGGCCUCUGCUGACGCCAACAUCAGAAAUAUAUCGGGAUAUACGCCGCUGCACUGGGCGGCACAAGAAGGCCACUUACAAGGGGCGACUGUGCUGCUGGAGUUUGGAGCCAACAUGGAGGCUAGGGACGAUGAGGGGAAUAUACCCCGUCAACUUGCCAGGAACAACAACCAUCAGCAACUGCUACAGUUGCUAACAUGA